AUGAAUAUCUUUCCAGAAAAGAUAAGAAGGCUAUGGAAUUUAUGGGAACUCAGGUACUUGGUUCUCAUUAUUCUCUUCAUUCAGACUCUACUCAUUUCCUUCGCUAGUGUCCGAAAGCAUACAGCAACCAGUAAGAUCAACUUCCUCGUUUGGUCCUGCUACUUGUUAGCCUAUUGGGUUGCAAUUUUGGUUCUUGGUGUCCUUGCUGAGAGCAUGAAUAACAAGUCUAAUGGUGGUGGUAAGUCUGGGAAUGAAAAGUAUGAUCUUAAAUCAUUUUGGGAACCUUUUCUUCUACUACAUCUAGGUGGCCCAGACAUUCACAACAUCACAGCUUUUUCAUUAGAAGAUAAUGAGCUUUGGUUGAGGCAUUUGCUUGGAUUUCUAUUCCCGGUUGGAACAGCAUUUUAUAUCUUCAUCAUCUCCUUGCCUGAACAUGGGCUUUGGCUGAUUACCAUUCUAAUGUUCAUGGCCGGAAUCAUUAAGUAUGUAGAGAGGACAUUGGCUCUCAUGAAUGCAAGCCGAGAUUAUUUUAGGAAUUCCAUGGUCACUGAACCUGACCCAGGACCUAACUAUGCAAAAUUCAUGGAGGAAUACUCUUGCAAAAAGAAUGCCGGGCUCGAAGCAAGGAUAAUAUUCAAGCGUCUUAUUGUUGAUCUAAUCCUAACUUUCCAUGAUCCAGAUCAAAGUCGGAACUUCUUCACGAAUACAAGUUCGAAUGAUGCAUAUGAAGUUAUUGAGAUUGAAAUUGGGUUCUUGUAUGAGGGUUGCGUUUUUACAGUUCUAUACACCAAGGCAGCUGUGAUUCAUACUUUGAAAGGUUGGAUUUUUUGCUUUACUAGUGUCUCAUCCAUUAUCUUCUUUGCCUUCACUGAGAAGCAACAAUAUGACAAGAUUGACAUAAAAAUUACUUAUGUCUUACUAAAUGGAGCUAUAGCUCUAGAGGUCUGGUCACUGACUCGAUUACUCUUCACAGACUGGACUCUUGUUUGGAUGAAGAAGAAGUUCAAUCCAUUUAUUACCACAUUUGUAUUUAAAGUUGUUUAUUGUAGAAGACUAUAUUUGAACAGAUCAAAGUGGUCUAGUUCCAUGGCUCAGUACAACCUGAUCGAGUUUUGCCUCGAAGAUCAGCCAUUCUUUUGGGGAAAAGUCAUGGAGCUCAUUCAUGUUAAGGACUUUUUUGAUAAUCACAGGUACACAAGUACAAAAACCAUUUCUGACGAGCUCAAACAAUUCAUCUUCAAGGAUCUGAAACGCAAGUUGCCAAAAACAACAGAUUCUGCUUGUUACCAACAUUUCAGAACUUGUAGGGGUCAAUUGGCACUUCAAAUGAUUAAAUAUGAUGAGACAAUGGAUGAUUAUAAUAGAAUCAAGGAGAUACUGGAUAACAGCAUCAAAGUUGGAUUUGAUGAAAGUAUUUUGCUUCGGCACAUAGCUACAGAUAUCUGCUAUUAUUUGGAUGGAGAAGAGUGUCAACCUGAAACAGUGCAGAUCAACCAGAGAAAUAGUAGAGACAUCUCCAAUUACAUGUUAUAUCUUCUUGUAUCACGUCCAUUUAUGUCGACAGCAGGUAUUAGACAAAUCAGAUUUGGGGACACUUGUGCUGAGGCCAAAAGAUUUCUCCACGGAAGAGGGACAGAAACUGAUAAGAAACGAGCUUGCACAAGGCUUCAUGAGGUAGACACAAAAAUUCCACUAGUACAAGUGAAAGGUGACAGAAGUAAAUCUGUAAUAUUUGAGGCAUCUAGGGUUGCAAAAUUAUUGUUGAAACAGGUACCUCAAGUUGAGAAGAGAUUGGAGAUCAUAAGCCUAGUGUGGUUGGAGAUGCUGUGCUAUGUGGCAAGUGAAUGCAAAGGAUAUUACCAUGCUCAGAGACUUAGUGCUGGGUGA